UUGCACGUUUUCCAAUACUGCCAUCGGCUUUUGAUUAUUUAUUUUUGUUUUUGGGUGAAAUUGUUUUGAUCAAAUUAUUUUUUUAAGCCGAGGGAACUAAGGAAAUGGAACUGGACCACUGGGGCACCAUCCCCCUGGAGGACGAUGGCCCUCAGCUGCCGCCGGAGAAGGGUGUUUACACUGCGACGAAGAAAGCCAGGUUUGACGAGGCCCGAGCAAAUUAUGAGCACCUUCCGAAAGAAAUGCGGCACACCGUGGAGUUGAGAAGCUCGCUGGUAACCCAGACCAUCGAGGUGAUGAAACAGACGGAGGUGCUGCAGUCGCUAAUCGAAACAUACUCAAACAAAAACGGCUCAUCGAAUUAUCUGCUGAAUCCCUGCCUAAUGAUACCCGAAGUGGACUUCCCUCCAGAAAACGCCGCCGAUCUGGUGAGCGAGCAAAAGUUCCAGAAGCCUAUAUGGUUCACGCCCCCUGUGGAUACAGCCUACUCCAGAGGCGACCCGCAGGAUUAUCCGGAAAUCUCGAGCGAUACCUGCCGACAGGCCGUGCGCAAAGUGAUGUGUGGAAUGCUGCGCCUGGCCGGAUUCACAGACUGCUCCGAGUCGGCCGUUCAGGUUCUGACCGACGCCACGGAGGAGUUCCUGCGCAGCUUUGUGGGCGAGUAUAGAGGUUGCUACGACUCGGAUCCUCGACUGCAGAAAGCCACUAGUCUCAAAUUAUUGCCCCUCGAGCGGGCCUACACUGCCAUUACGGGUACAUCCCUAACUCAGGUUCACAACUACUACAAGCACAAGGUGAUAGCCAGGAAUCGCGUGGAGAUUGGCGAGUUCAACGGCGUGCUUCAGGAGUACGACAAGCUUAUGAAGGAGAGUCAGAGCAGCAUGCAGAAACAACAGAUCCAACAGCAUCAGGACUUCAAUGGCAGCGACUUCCUUAACAUACUUGACAACAGCGCUACCGGGAGCAACCAGAGCAUGGGAGGGCACCAAAUGGUGGGGGACAUGCUGCAGGAACUCGGUGGCAGCUCGGCGGGCUCCAGUGGCACCGCCAGCUCCCAGCAACAGAUGCUCUACGGAUUGCUCGAUGGUCAGAUGUCUUCUACCUCAAAUACGGCCGGCACGAGCGGUGCUGACAAUGGAAACGGACAUGUAGUAAACACCUUCCAUGCCACUUUCGAUUCGUAAUAAGAGUAACAAGUCCUUUACACUUUAAGAAUA